AUGGUACGAGCUUUGAGCGCUGGCUAUUCGUUCCUCUAUCGACCAGUCUGCAGUGACCCCGCCGUGAAGCAGAUUCUCCUGGCAAUGAACGAGAAGCAAAGCUUCAUCAUCGAAGAACUUGAUGAUUAUCAUCUCGUCAUCAAGGCUGACGAAGAAUACAGAAUUCGGAGAGAACUCGAGGCGGAACUGGAGAAGAACACUUACUCUCUGGAAGGAUCAUGA